AUGGCAGUCUCCGCCGAAAAGAUCACGCUCUACAACCUCGCAGACUUGAAGAACACCUCGGACGAUGCGCUCCCCAACUACCUCAACAGCCUGGGCCUGAAGCAGUCGCACACCCUUACUGACGUGCGACUCGGCCUGGGAUACUCUGCAUUCUUCGUGGCAGCGGCCUGUUUCCUCUGGGACUACAAGCUCGGUUUCGAGAGCACAAAGUACUACACAGCCGGCGCGGUCGCCGUCUACUCGCUGCUCAACACGGCCCUCACACUGUGGAUAUGGCUCAAGGAGAAGGGCAUCGUAUACGUGGGCACCGCGCCGAAAGGAGAGACGGUCACGAUCGCAACGCACACCAAGAAGAACGUCCCCAUCUACAACCUGACCAUCACCAUCGCGCCCAAGACCGGCAGCCCAACCACCAUCAACCUGUCCCGCUCCUUCACCGAGUGGUUCGACGCCGCCGGCCGCUUCGUCGCGACCCCCUUCCAGACCAUGCUCGCCUCCACGGUCCCCGUCAUCGGCACCCUGGACCCCAAGAGGGCCAACGCCCCGGCCACUCAGUCAGCGCCCCCUCAGUACAGCGAAGAGGAGUUGAGCGCCAUUUUGGCUGCUGCCGGGGCGUCGCCCGACGACACGGCUGAGGCUACGGGGUCGAGCGCCAAGAAGGGAGGCAAGAGGAGGAAGGCGUAG